AUGGCGAAUCUGCAACAGUCUCUGUCCCUCAACCCUGCGUUCGGCGGAGGGCCCGCUGCGCAGCCACAGGCCCUAACGGGGGUUUCCACGGCCGCCGUGGCCGCAGCCCAGCAGGCCGCCAAGGACAGAAAGAUGGCGUCGGCGGAGCAGCUCGUGCUAGAACUCGGGAAUACGGACCUCCGCGAGAACGCCCUCCUCGAACUCUCCAAGGUGGGUUGCUACGGUUUAUUAUCCUCUCAUGGGUCCCCAUGAAUGGUUGCUCUUCUUGAAGAGGAUCAACGAUAAAAGUACAUAGGUAACAUAUGAUACAAUAUUUUCACUCUUUGCCGGAAAUUGUUGGUACUUUGUUCUUGCAAUAGUUCUUGGGUCGAAAUCUUAUUUGGAGUUCUUCCUGUUCACUUGGUGGAUGUUCCUCUAUUGGAUCGUAAUAUUUCGUGAUGAUGAAAUGAGUGGAAGUGAAAAGAAUGGAUUUUUUUUCUCCCCCCCCCCCAAGUUGGAAAGAAAAUUAGGGGGAUGAAUUUGGACUAAGCCUAAUAUUAUUAGGGUAAUAGGAAUUCGGUAAUGGGGUUUAAUCAUCAAAUCUUGCCUGCAUAUCAUUGGUAAAGCAAAAUGUCUGAGAAGAAAUCGAAUCUACCCGUUGCUGUUCUGGAUAAUCCAAAAAGGAUGGAUCAAUGGCCUAAAUAAGCUCUGGACUCAUUUUCUUGCUUCAGGGUAGUGCAGAUCAAGAAGGUAAUUCGUGAGUUUGGAAGAUAAUUGCUGUGGAAUCUUACCUAUUACCGUUAGUAGGAAUGAAUCCUUUUCUGAAAUCCUUCUAGAAGAUGUGAGGAUUCUUUUCUUUGGAGCAUGAUUUUUUCUUUUUUUGAAAGAUUAUUUUGAAGACAGUGUGAUUAUGGGGGAACUUCUCCCUCACCUUAUGUUAUUUGUUUUGUUCGGUGUGCCAGUGGUUUAAAAAGUGAAGCAAAAAGAAAUAUGCAUCUGAAACUCACACCUGUUCCGUAUGAUGGAGCAGUUGGCCGCUGGUAGGGUUAUCAACAUCAAUUUUUUUGGUGAGGCUAUGGGUAUCACCUUGAGGGUUGAUGCUGAUAAUGGGUCUUCAAAUUGUAUGAGGGGGUGUGUCGAUAGCAUUCACUUGUGCCACCAGGGGCUCCUGUGAAGCUUAUACUCAGGUCACUUGUAGGUGUCACUAAUUCUCUGCCCACAGUUUCUUGGUAAAUUUUAUCGAAAUAGCUCCUACCUGCCUCGCCAAACAGUAAAUCUUGGUCAAUGACGCAAAUUUAUAUUAUAAAUUAUUCUGGAUAUAGCUAUGAUUGAUAGAUUUUGGCUUUUUUUCCAUACACCUUAAACUUGUGGUGCAAUCUGGGAGGAUCAUAUGCUUCUGGGAGUAAAGUUACACUAUAAAUGGUCCUCAGUGCGGGUGGGUCUUUUUUUAUUGGCGUCAAUACCUUUGAUCCUUCUUCAAGCUUUUGGACUCAAGGCAAAAUUAUUGCUUGGCACAAUGUAUAGAUAAAGUUAAAGUUCGCUAUUUUGGGUUUGCACAUGGUAAGGUUUUCCUUUGUGAACGGAAAUCAUAGGACAGGGACGGUCGCUCUCGAUUUUUCCUUAGAAAGGAAAUGGUUUUUCUGUUUCUCUGUAUGACACUCCAAGUACGCCUAGUCAACCACGUGACAUGACGUCCAUUAGCAGUUCAAUUUCCAGUAUCUCCUGAUCAAAAUAUCCAGAUGAAGGCAUAUUUAAAACACUGGAUAGCCUUUUCCCUUGGUUCCAGCAUUCUAUUGUCCAGAAAAAAAAUCGGUAUUUUGGUAGGCAAGGGAUGGGAAUGGCUUAAUCUCGUUCCCCAUGAAGACGUGUCUGGUUAGUUUGAUGCCUCUGCACCAAUACAAACUUGAGCAUGCAUGGUAAUCUUGUGUAAGUGAGAUGUGUUCUCUCACUGGAUAAACCACCAGUGCGACAAGUAUGAUAUCCAAAGUUUUGGAUAUCUUCAGGACUGUAGAUCAUCCCUAAUUUGGAGGUGCUUUCAAGGGAUGUAUCCUCAUUGAUGCUCGGCAUGCCAUAUUUCAUCAAAAUAACUUGUUUUUGGAAUUGACUCUUUGAUUGAUUGAUUGUUUGUCUUUUCUACAUACUUAAACAUUACUUUUCUUGGUGAUAGAAAAGGGAGAUAUUUCAAGAUCUAGCUCCAUUACUUUGGAAUUCUUUUGGAACUAUUGCAGCACUGCUUCAGGUAUUCUUCUUGUUGCUUGUUUUGACGUAAAAUCUGGUUUUAUUUAAUCAAUUAUCCAGAAUUGUUCUUUUAUAUUUUUUACACUUUUUUUUGGGGGUAAAUUAAUGAUAAUUCUGUGACAAAGAAGACUAUUAGGAGCCUGUUUUUGGUGGUAGAAAAGGGAGAUUUUCAACAUUACGUCUGUCUGUUAGGAGCCUUUUGUUUUAUAUGAUUGUCUUGUUUUGUAAAAUCAGCCUAUGCCUUCAACAAUGAAACAUACCUUUCUAACCCACUACAAUUUUCAUGUUUUCUUAGCCCCUAAAAGUGGGAUUUUUUUCCAUUAAUAAAUAAGGGGACACUUAAGCAAGCAUAUAGCUUUGGGCACGGGAAGAAGCGACUCAAGGUUGUAUAAAGUGCUUAGGUGCGGAUCUUUUUUGUUUGAGGCUUGUCAUAAUAAGUAUUUUGAUGCUUAGAAAAUGAAGAGUUAAUUCCCAUUAAAAUAUAUUUUUUUUCUUAGAAUAGCCUUACUUACUUGUUAAUCUUUUCAUUAAAAUUACAUUUCUAGUUUAUUUUCUCUUUAGGGUUUGUAUCUUAUUUUUUCUCAGGGUUUAAUGGAUUCUUUUCAAUGCGUAGGUUUUUUUCUUCUGCUUAAAAACUGUUGAGUUGCUUCAGUAUUAUUUAAUAUCUAUGGGAGAGGAUAAUAGCUAUAUCCUGGAUAUGAGGUAGUUUUGUCUCACAGUAUUAUUUAAUGUCUAUGGGAGAGGAUAAUAGCAAUGCAUCUUCUGUCAGUUUUUCCUUGAUUUCAAUUUAAGUCAACCGGUGUCCUGAUGGUUAUGCAGGAGAUAGUCUCGAUAUACCCUGUUCUUUCGCCUCCAACACUUACACCUGCUGCUUCAAACCGAGUAUGCAAUGCUCUUGCACUUCUUCAGGUCAGUUAAUUUUUCUCCUCUCAAGUAAUGUUGAAUAAGCGCUAGUUUGUUUUGUAUUUUUUCUUUGAGUUUUUUCGUAUUUUUUAUUUGUGUUCUCCAUUGAAUCCACCGAAGGCCUUAACAUAUGUUCCAUCAUGGGUGUGCACCUCCUUCCGGGGCAGGAGCCGGCCUCCCACUCUCUUAAGCAGCAUUUAUUUAUUAGCUUAGCGGGUGGAUCAUGCAAUAAGCCUCUCUCAGCCCUCCUUUUCGCUUAUGUAUUUAUGAAAGUUCCUUUCAAGAUCCGGUCCAUCAUAAACUCAGCCAGAUCUUCUUCUCUGAUGUCCAUAAGGGCAUUGUUCUUUGAAGCUCUUUUAGUUUUUGCUACUAUGUGGUAAUGGUUUCCCCCUUCUUUAUGAGUUUCCGUUGCCAUAACAAUAUCUUGGCAUUCCAUCAUGGAUGUUACUGUUUUGAGAAGUUCAAAUUUUCAAUCCUUGAUGGAACACUAGACAGUUGUUUAUUCUCUUCACCAUCUUUGUAUAUCUCUCUGAAUGCUAGUGACUGCGCUGUCUGUUAAAUCGGUCAAUACAUGUUUAUUGGUAUGCCGAAUUACACCUGAUUAUUCAUUUUCCUGUAAAGUUUUCAAAGUAAUUGAAUAUCUGGGAUGUUAACCUAACAACGAGGACUCUUCAUUGUUCCCAUAGAAUGAACCAGUUGAAGGUGGCAAUAUGUUUACAGGAACAAAAUUAUAGUUGCUGCAGAAGUUACUACGGUAUGUUCCUGUACUGCAUGAGAAGACCAGGCAGUCUGGUCGCACCAACAGAAGGAAAAGGAAGAUUUUAGUCAGAAAUUACUCUCCGCUAUCAUAUACGAUGCAUACAGGGUCUGGGUAGACCAGAGCAUGUAACAGUAGUGGAGAGAAUAGAGAAGGAAUAUUCAAUCCACAAGGACGAGGUAAAAAAAUGACUUACUGCCGAAAUAUGCUCUUCUACAGUUGCAACUUCUCUCAAUAAGAAGUGAUACUUCUAACUCUCUUAACUGCGAGGAUCCUCUGGCAAAACUUGUCAGGAGGUAGGAGCUCUUAGAAAGUAGGAAACUAACCAGAUAUGCUAAAAUCAUUGAUCCCAUGGAAACAAUGAAUUACUGUGUUUUGGGCCUUUUAGAUUAUAAGUUUUAGAGCAUCUGGAUUUUUUACAAAUAUGAUCGACUUCAAGAUGUCUCUCGCUCGAUGUGUAUUCUUCCACAGUGUGCCUGUCAUACCCUUCUUUGCUUGUUGUGAAUGUAGUGGACAUCUCAUUUUACCCCCUACAAGGAGUGAUCAUUAAACCGUAAUACCAUGGGGAAGACGUACAAAUAUUUCGAGGAGGGGAAUUACGUGCUACACCUUCCACUGAUAGAUCUAGAUAUAUUUUGGCUUUCUGGUCGCUUUUAAAUAUGCAUUAAAACAUGACGUCAUAAGGUGGCGCAUCUCAUGUAUGGUUUUCAUAUGGACCUUGGGCGUGUCAGAUAGUUCUAGAGCAUAUUUACGCAUAAAGCACAAUUGUAUAUGGCCUAAUGUACAACAACAUCUAUGACACAGUUGUGUAAGACUUUUUGUGGAGCACCAUAUCAAGUAUUCACCUUUAGGAAUGGCCAAUUCUGCACUAUUGCGAAAGGUGGUGUGCUGGCCUUGGAUGGCAUGAUGCAAAGUGCAUAGUAUUGACGUGUAGUGCAAGUGGGGUGUAGUAGAAGCUAGCAGCAUACAUAGGAUGACCAUGCAUACAGCUGAUUAGGCACAAAAAACGGUGAAUGUGUACAGAUAAUUAAUGUGUUUGAGGAUGCAUACAAUUGGCUAAGAUGUAUACUGUUCCUUAGAUGUAUGUGUUACUCGAGGACUAGUCUACCACGAUUCAAGUUCAUGCAAACUAAGUCAGUUGACUAUUUAGGUUUGGAAGGUGUAGGUGAUCAACUCUUUUUUUGGACAAGAGUAACAUACUAAGAUUUUUAUCGUGGUUGGGCUCUUAGUUUGCUCCUCUCUUUUCAAGGGACCUCCCUAAACGAUUGCUAAACAUGGUGACAUCAACUCACCCCAACACCACUAGGUUCAUAGCUUUAGUUGGCCUGGUGCUAAAUCACCAGUUCUAGAUUCAUGACUCUUCAAUAAGCCUGUAUGAAAAAAAAGUAAAGUUUACAUAUUUAGUGCAAGUAGCUUUCUUGAGGUGUGGAGAUGUGGGCGUUGAAAGGUGGAUCCUUGCUACUUUAAUGCAAUAGAAGGUUUGGUGUUUCUUUUUUAGCAGAUAUGAAUUUUUUUGAAUAGGGGAGUUCCCUUGCCUUCAUUGCCAACUAUGACUUUUAGAAAAGUAGAGGUCUGCAUUCUUUGAAACAAGGAGCAAUUAGAAAUUGGUAAUUGGUAGCCAUUCAAAUAAUUAAUUACAAAAACCUUAUACUGAGUUUGUUGUUAUUGUAGCAGUGCAUCUUAUUAUUUUUAUUUUUUUUUGCUUUGUGCAUGAUGCUUCUGCUUUGUAAGUGAAUUGAUUAUUUUCAGAGUCUUUUUACUGAAAAUAUCAUAGUAGAGAGGCAGUCUGUUUGAUCCCGAAUUUUCUAAGAUUUCGUCUAUGGUUUGGAUGCAAUAACUACAUUAGUAAACUAUCAGAAUAGUGACAAUAUAUUGAUGUGGAUCGUCAAUAUAUUGUGCACAGAUUUCAACAUACAUCCACUAUCCAAUAGCUGUGCUCCUUCAGUUUCCACUAUUUUUCCGCAAGUAUUACAGAGCUGCUAUCAGUUGCUCUAUUGCUCAUAUAACUAGGAACCAGAUUGCUUUUGGGGCAAUCAUCCCACUACCGACUUUACUGGCUCCAGCCCACUAAGCAGUAAUCAAGUCGUUUUCUCAUUAACUUUGGCCUUUCCAAAGGUGUUAGGAAGGUUGAUUUGCUUACUCAUCUGAUGAUGUUGCAUGGUCAUCCUACCUGUAACCCAAAAUCACGUAGUCACUGUUGCAUCUAAUCUUAGCAAAUGAACAUCUGAGCUUUUCGAGAUAAACACCAAAGAACAGUAGCGUCCCACCACUAUUUCGUGAAGCUCAGUCAAACCCACCCUGGUGACAUCAAUCAUUAUGACGACACAAACAACUAAAUAUUAUAAUUACUUUUUUGAAGACGGUUUUCUUUGUCAAGAAUGAUAUCCGAACCAUGUCUAUUACGUUUUUAUCACCAAAAACGUUUUAUUUUUCGAGUGUCAUAUUACAUGUGCAUUAUAGUUGUGUGUGUGUGGUUUUGUUUAGCCAACCUGAUCUACCCUUGCUUGAGUCACAGACAUGAUGUCCUUGACCUUUAGUUAAACGAAUUCUUGAUGCUACCAGUCUAUGGUAUUCCUACGAAUUUUUUAUGGCCUUCUGGUCGGGAUGAGUGGUAUUUUUUUUUUAUAGUGGCAAUUAGCACAACUUUUCGAUCCAGCAGUUCUCUUAAUUUUUAUUCAAUCAAAUGAUGCGGCAGUGUUUGUAUGCUUGGGAAUCUGGGUUCCAGGAAUGUCUUAGUUCAAAAUAUGCAAUGCUCUAUUUUGUUUUACGAUGCUUUUUUUAACAAAAUCACCGCAAGGAUUUGUCGGUCCACAUUUUAUUGAUUUAGACCUGUUUAUCCAACUCUCAACCCAAAACAUCAAAUGACUGCUCCCUCUAUGUUAUAUCAAGAUAGCCGUGAUCCAUCCUCGUUUAUAUGGAAGCCCGUCUUAUGUUUUAUGAAACUAAUGCAAAUAGUUUCUGCUUUUACAGGCCUACUGAUAAACAUCUUAGAUCACUUUGACCAAUGAUUUAAGCAUGUUGAUGAAACGAGUGGGACAUUGCCAUACAAAAUGCUCAUCCUUUUCACCCCCUUUUUCUUUCUGAAUUCCUGUCUAUUCUUUACGCAGAUAUCGUUUUUCGGCCUGGCACAAUACAUGAAGUGGUGUUAUUUUUAGAUUUGCUUUUACCUUCUCAACUAGUCAUUCGGAUCUUUUUGAGCUGACAGAGGCACCAUUUGCUGCAUUAUGACGAAUCUAUUUCCACUAGUUUUUUUCCUUGUGUUGAUGAUUUGCUGUCUAGGUUUCGGCUGACGUAUAAGUUCUCUACGUCUUACCGAUAAGGUAGCUUCUUAGCUAUCUUGUCUGAUGCCAUAGAUUUGUGUGCACAUGAGUGGACCGUGCAUUGUUCUUGAACCUAAAUUCUGUGCCUCAUUCUUCUCGACAUUUUCUGCGUCCGUCUCUCCAUUUUCGAUCUGAAGAAUGCCAGAGUACAUCUUCUGUUGAUGAGCUAUGGGCCUCCCUCCCCCCCAUCUUUGAAUGUUUGAGUGGAAUAGCUGGUUGGCCUUCAGUUCUAACUUUCCUCAUGUGAACAAUUUUUUUUUCCCUUUCGCUCUUUUUUACCAAAUGUUGUAUAGAAAUAUCAGUGAAUACUUGUUACCAUCUCCAGCGUUUUGGCUGUUCGAGUUGAUUCUCAAUGCUCCCAUUUUGUCAUUUUUGCAGUGUGUGGCAUCACAUCCAGACACAAGGAUUCAUUUCUUAAAUGGUAAUUUCACUUUGGUGUAUGCGACUGUUAUUGCCCUUGUUGUUGUCGGAUUAAAUUAGAUUGGUAUUUGCAGCUCCAGAGCUACGAAGCGGCAACUGUAAGCUUUUUCCUUUUUGCGAUUCUUCCAUGCCACCUUCUGUAGAGAGGAUAUCUUCGUCCUUGCUAUACGCGAUUCCCUGGUGUUGCAGUCUCCGGACAUGAUUUUAAUGCUCCCACACAGAGAUACAUCUGUACGUGGUGCGAUCUUGGUGAUGAUGUUCAUGAGUCGUAGCCGAGGGAUUUCUUAAAAAUGGCUAGAGAGACGGAAUGGGUCGAUUUCCUCGCCCCCUCUGCCCAGCGUCAUGUCGAAUGCAUACUCGCUUCAUUUGAUGUGAGCUUGAUGGGGUCGCUGCGAAUGGCUGUGUUAGGAUCCCUUCGGUCUCUCUUAGGUCACUGGUUUGAUAUCAUCGGAGGGCCUGCUAAUUUCAUGCUGGCCAUUUUGCAGUGGUAGUGUUGAUGCAUCUUGCAAUUUCUUGCUCGAUAUGGUGUUUGAUGCAUCUUGCUUUCUUUCAAUGUGCAGCUCAUAUACCGUUGUAUCUGUACCCGUUUCUAAACACAACCAGCAAAACCAGGCCGUUCGAGUAUCUGAGGCUCACUAGUUUGGGGGUCAUCGGUGCGCUCGUGAAGGUCGGGGCAAUCGAACUUGUCUUUGAGAUCCUCUCCAUGCUUUCAUUUCUCUCUCGGAUAGAAUAGCGACCAGACUGCACCGUCAGCUCUCCCCGAGGGAGCUUUUUAGCAGUUUACUUCUCCUUGAAAAAAAAUAUUUUUGAUGCCUUGCCGUCGUUCAGUUUCGCAUUUUGAGGAAAGGAUCGGCUCGAUCUUCUGAAAUUUUCCUCUGCAGGUUGAUGACACGGAGGUCAUCAACUUCCUCCUCUCGACGGAGAUCAUCCCUCUGUGUCUGCGCACCAUGGAGAUGGGCAGCGAGCUGUCAAAAACUGUGCGUAGCCCGCUUGCCCGUCGAUGCUUUUGCUUACGUUUCUCUGUGCUCGACCCAUCUAAGUGAUGAUGGCCCAUCGAUCUCUUCCGGGGGCGGGGGGGGGGCGAUUUACCCACUUGGCCAAUGUGAAGUUGACUUUUUUCAAUAUCUUUGCGGAAAAUUGACUUUUCUAUCUUGUCGUUGAUUUUGGUGGCGACUGUGCGCGAGCUCGCAGGUGGCGACCUUCAUCGUGCAGAAGAUCCUGCUGGACGAUGUUGGGCUGCGGUACAUCUGCGCCACGGCGGAGCGGUUCUUCGCCGUCGGUCGCGUCCUGGCCACCAUGGUCGCCUCCCUUGCCGAGCAGCCCUCCACGCGCCUGCUGAAGCACAUCAUCCGCUGCUAUCUCCGGCUAUCUGAUAAUCCGAGGUCCCUGCAUUGGACGUCGCUCUUCUUCUUCGUCGUCUUCUUCUUCUUCUUCUUCUAAUUUGAAGGUCUGGGUUUGUGGUCGGCAGGGCGUGCGAAGCUCUGAAGUCUUGCCUGCCGGAGAUGCUGAGGGACGGGACCUUCAUCCAAUGCCUCAGGGUGAGUCGCCCUUCCCCUCGUCGGAAAAACUCUGGCUUCUUCUGCAUUGGCCCCCUCCCUGACGGUCGAAUCGCCGCCUGUAGGACGACCCGACCACCCGCCGGUGGCUCCAGCAGCUGAUACACAACAUCAGCACCGCCGGUCGCGUCUCUGUGCUGCAGACCGGGCUCGAGCACAUGAUGCCCAACUGA